AUCACACCAUCAAACGCACUCAAGUCUUGAGUCAGCAUAGACGAUAUAAAUAAUUAAGUGACGAUUGUUUUGGACAGUGGCUUCAUUCGUUCCCAUGAAUUAUGAGCUUGAACUGCAGACAAACCAUUAAAACUUGAAAUUAUGACAACCACAGCAAGAAGGGUAGCGGUGAUUGGUGCUGGCCCAUCUGGUGCCAUCGCCACCGACGCCUUGGUCAAAGAGCAAGCGUUCGACACCAUUCGGGUCUUCGACAGAAGAGGGGCUAUUGGUGGGACAUGGGUCUACACCCCUCACCUGCCCGCCAAGAUCCCAUCACUGCGAGAUCUCAUCGCGGGGAACGCUGACCAUGCUGUGCCCAUACCAGCACAACUUCCAGCAGAGACUUCGAAGACGGAGAGAGUCAACAAUCAUCAAACACGGUUCUCAGACUCGGCGCUUCAUGAGAACCUCCACAGCAAUAUCAUCCCCUCCAUCAUGAGCUUUACUCAGGAGCCCUUCCCAGAUAAGCUGUCGGAACGCACCCUCGCCAAAUAUGGACCUCGGGCUCCUUUCAGACACCGUGAGGUUGUGCGAGAGUGGGUUCAGGAAAUCUUCGUUCGCAACGGCAACGACAAACUACUGGAGCUUAAUACAACGGUUGAGCGGGCAGUCAAAAAUGAACAGCAAGAAUGGGUACUGACGCUUCGCAAAGAGACGCCGGGAAAAGACUACUGGUGGGAAGAAAGAUUCGACGCUCUGAUUGUCGCAAGCGGCCACUACAAUGUCCCCUGGAUUCCAGACAUCCCAGGAAUCGUCGAUUUUGACCGAGUGGUCAUCGUCGGAGGGUCUAUCUCAUCCCAUGAAGUCCUGCAUGAAAUUCUUCCUAAAGCAAAAAAGCCGGUUUAUGCAGCUUUAAGGGGUGAUCCUGUCCCAGCCUUUGGGUGGGCGCCUUUUACACACCCGCACAUUGUUGUCAAGAACGAGAUAACGCGCUUCGAUCCAGGAACUGGAACACUGUUCUUUGCUGAUGGAUCAUAUCUGGAUGAUGUAGACCACGUCAUAUUUGGCACCGGCUACACUUUCAGCUUGCCAUUCUUGCCUGACGUUCAGGCAAAGAUAAAACAGGCCAAUCGCCGGCUGCCUGGAGUCUUCCAACACACAUUUAGUAUUGACGACCCGAGCUUAGCAUUUAUUGGCAUGCUUGGUGGCGGUUUUACAUUUCGUGUGUACGAGUGGCAAGCGGUCGCCGUGGCAAGACUCCUCGCAGGGCGCGCCCGGCCUCUCCCUCCACGUUCCGAGCAGCUUGAGUGGGAACAAAAGAGGGUGGCUGAACUGAAGGGAGGCAAGAACUACUACUCAAUCGCUUUAGAUUACGUGGGCUUUUUUGAGUAUCUGCGGUACAUCGCAGGCGACCCUACCCCAGGCACAACAGGCAGGGUACUCCCACCCUUCGACAAAGCAUCUCUGGCUAUAUGGACGGGCAUGGUGGCAACCAAGAUCAAGGGAUUCGAAGAAGAUGCUCGGAAAGCAGAGUUGGAGAUUCGGAGUCAGCAAGAACACGAGACCCAGCAGCGCCUGCGGGAGAUUAUCGGAAACUGGAGUCCCAGAGCAAAGCUAUAGUUUGAAACUGCUACCAGCCAGUCCUGUAACAGUUGCUAGUUUAUUGAAGAUGGUUGAAGC